AUUGGUCUUCCUUAAUUGGGGAAAAUGGUGGGAGCAGCAGCGACGCCGCCGCCGUCGUAAAACGCCGUGCCUCUUCUGUCAGAUUGCUUGCCUUGCAACUCCACCUCCACUCCUCUGCUUCAUUCUGGUAACAAGGUCGUUGCAUUUCAAGAUAUCAAGCCGGCACCUUUCAGGUUCUACUAAUGAGUCCUCGUUAAUGUACAUAACAAAGAUACAAUUCUACAAAAUUCUCAUCACCAACUCUCAAUUACCCAAAUUUGCUUGAUUCUUUUAAUGCUUUCCCCAAUGAUACCUGUAGUGACUUUUGCUACUUUGCUUGAUUCUGUAAUUAGGCAUUACUUGGUGAUCCCUGUAGAUCACAUUCCAACAGUCAAAGAACUUCAGAGUAGAGAUGAAGACUACUCUUUGGUAAGCCAUAUGUUAGGCGUGGAGCAAACAAUCCUACACAAAGAAGCACCUCAAGUGGAGUAGUGCAGGCAUUGUUUCUACUUUCUAGUACCAUGAAGCCUUAUUGCUGAAGUGUUACACAUAUAAAAUAUAUAAAGUUUUGAAAGUGCCUGCUUUAAUUCAUAAAGAGAUUGAACAGAUGGAAACAUAUAAAGUAUAUAUCUCUGGGGCAUCUAGAAAGGUUAUUGAAGCUGAGAAGCUAUUGGAGAGAAGAUAAAGCCUUUGUCACGAAAUUCUUCAUAGGUGUGAUUAACUCUCUCUCUUUCUUUCUUUCUUUCUUUUUAUUUUUCAUAUAGAAAAUUAGCCAAUCCUUUUAUUGUCCUUAAGUUUUGUGAUGAUUACUUGAUGUUAUUCAAGAUAAAACUGUCUUCCUAAAUAAGCUUAUUUAACUUUAUAACAUGCAUGUCUUCCUAAAUUAAUGUGUACACACAGUAGCCUUGCCUCCUGCAUCAUGUCUGCAAAUUAUGGUCCUUAAGGGUUGCAUCAAUAUUCUUGUUUCAUUAGCUAUAGGCCAGUUGCACACUAUCUGUAGUAAUGUUGAAUGUGUGUAUUAUAUGGGAUGCUAGUUCAUGAUUAAGAAAGAUCUCGCCGUAUA